CGGUGUGACUCUGACUCUGAACACCAGGGGGCAGCACUGCACCGUUUGUCUCAUUUCCGGGUUGGAGAGUCGGAGACGGAUCUCAGAGUUCGACGGAAUUCUUUCUCUUGUCUUUUGGACUGCCAUCUUCGUCCGUUUGUCUCUGCUGUCGGCCGCUGGUCAUCAGUCUGCAGGCUGAUAUCCACAAUUACUGACAGACAGCAUAAAACAUUUCCUGGACCACAAGAAUCCAACCUCAGAAGACCCACCGCAGAGUUCUGAGAGGGAAAACAAAAACCAUGAAGAGGAGGAGGAGGAGGGAGUCUCCCUCAGAGUCUGAAGGACAUGAAGACACCAAGAAGGUGACGAAGGGUCGUGGUGAAGACACAGAGGAGGGACCCUCGAUCCAGACCAGAACUCAGAGGUCACAGUGGGGCCGAGCACGUGGACCUGAACCUAGCUACGUGUCCAUGAAGAGUGACAGUUCAAAAGACGUUUGGACUGAGUUUAAAUGGAGCGUCCAUCAGAGUCCAGACCCGUCUGGACCUGGAUCCAGCUGUGUGUCCCUGAACAGUGACUGGUCCGUGAAGAGACCUCCUCCUUUUAAAGGACAGCGUCCCUCUCCCUCAGUGAAGCAGCAGAGCUCAGAGGUUCUCAGGGUUCCAUCUGCUCAGCAGCAUCAAAGAUGCCUGAACCACAUGUUUACGAACAUUGAGGAGAACAUGGGGAUGUUUAUGAAAGAUGAGCUGAAGAUGAUUCAGAAGUUUCUCCUGACAAAUGAUGCAGAAUACUUGGAGAGUCAGAGUGAGGAUGAGGAGCAGAGGAGCAUCCGACUGGUUUUCCUGGACCUCACAGUCGCCUUCAUGAGGAGAAUGAAUUAUAAUGAGCUGGCUGACUGUCUGCAGAGCAGAACUCGUGCUGAAGUUUGUCACCAUAAAUUCAAAUCUAAGAUGAAGCAGAAAUUUGAGUGUGUGUUUGAGGGGAUCUCUAAAGCAGGAAAGAUGACUCUUCUGAAGGAGAUCUACACAGAGCUCUACAUCACAGAGGGUGGGGCUUCAGAAGUCAACCAGGAACAUGAGGUCAGGCAGAUUGAAGCAGCAUCCAGGAAAACAAACACACCACAAAGAAUCAUUACAUGUGAAGACAUCUUUAAAGCCUCAGCUGACACUCAGCCACCAAUCAGAACAGUGCUGACAAAGGGCGUGGCCGGCAUCGGGAAAACAGUCUUAACACAGAAGUGGACUCUGGACUGGGCUGAAGGACGAACCAACCAGGACUUCCACUUCAUAUUUCCGUUCACUUUCAGAGAGCUGAAUGUGCUGAAAGAGAAGAAAUUCAGCAUGGUGGAACUUGUUCAUUACUUCUUUCCUGAAACCAAAGAAGCAGGAAUCUGCAGCUUCCAGCACUUCCAGGUCUUGAUCAUCUUGGAUGGUCUGGAUGAGUGUCGCCUCCCUCUGGACUUCCACAGCAGUGACAUCCUGACUGAUAUCACAGAGUCGAGCUCAGUGGAUGUGCUGCUGACAAACCUCAUCAGGAGGAACCUGUUUCCCUCUGUUCGCCUCUGGAUCACCACACGACCUGCAGCAGCCAAUCAGAUCCCUCCUGAGUGUGUAGACAUGGUGACAGAGGUCAGAGGCUUCACUGACCCUCAGAAGGAGGAGUACUUCAGGAAGAGAUUCAGAGAUGAGAAGCAGUCCAGAAGAAUCAUCUCCCACGUGAAGACAUCACGAAGCCUCCACAUCAUGUGUCACAUCCCAGUCUUCUGCUGGAUCACUGCUACAGUUCUGGAAGGCAACUUGGACACCAGAGACACACCAGAGCUGCCAGAGACCCUGACUGAGAUGUACAUCUACUUUCUGGUGGUUCAGUGCAAAGUGAAGAAGGUCAAGUAUGAUGGAGGAGCUGAGACAGAUCCACUGUGGAAUCCAGAGAACAGGGAGGUGAUUGUGUCUCUGGGAAAACUGGCUUUUGAGCAGCUGCAGAAAGGGAACCUGAUCUUCUAUGAAGAGGACCUGACAGAAUGUGGCAUCGAUAUCAGAGCAGCCUCAGUGUACUCAGGAGUCUUCACACAGAUCUUUAAAGAGGAGAGAGGACUCUACCAGAAAAAGGUCUUCUGCUUCAUCCAUCUGAGUGUUCAGGAGUUUCUGGCUGCUCUUUAUGUCCAUCUGACCUUCAUCCAGUCUGGAGUCAGUCAGUUGUACAAAGAACAAACAACAUCCAGAAGGUCUGAGAGAUCUGAAGAUAAACCUAAACUAACAUGUCUCCAUCAGAGUGCUGUGGAUGAGGCCUUACAGAGUCCAAAUGGACACCUGGACUUAUUCCUGCGCUUCCUUCUGGGUCUUUCCCUGCAGACCAAUCAGACUCUCCUACGAGGCCUGAUGACACAGACAGACAGAAUCUCAGAGACCAAUCAGAAAACAGUCAAGUACAUCAAGGAGAAGCUUGAUGAGAAACUGUCUGCAGAGAGAAACAUCAAUCUGAUCCACUGUCUGAAUGAACUGAAGGAUCGUUCUCUACUAGAUCAGAUCCAACAGCUCCUGAACUCUGGAAGUCUCUCUGGAGGUGUUCUGUCUGGUUCUGAUUUAUCAGCUCUGGCCUUCAUCUUAUUGUCCUCAGAUCAACAUCUGGACGUGUUUGACCUGAAAAAAUAUGAACCUUCACAUGAGGCUCUUCUGCUGCUGCUGCCAGUGAUCAAAGAAUCUAAAAAAGUUUUGUUAUCUGUCUGUGAUCUGUCAGACAGAAGCUGUGAAGUUGUGUCUUCAGUUCUCAGCUCUCAGUUCUCCAGUCUGACAGAACUGGACCUGAGUCAGAACCAGCUGCAGGAUUCAGGAGUGAAGCUGCUAUCUGCUGGACUGGAGAGUCCACACUGUCACCUGGAGACUCUCGGGCUGAGUUUGUGUGAUCUGUCAGAGAGAAGCUGUGAAGUUCUGAGUUCAGUUCUCAGCUCUCAGUCCUCCAGUCUGAGAGAACUGGACCUGAGUAACAACGAUCUGCAGGAUUCAGGAGUGAAGCUGCUGUCUCCUGGACUGGAGAGUCCACACUGUCACCUGGAGACUCUCAGGUUAUCUGGCUGUAAUCUGUCAGAGAGAAGCUAUGAAGUUCUUUCUUCAGUUCUCAGCUCUCAGUCCUCCAGUCUGACAGAACUGGACCUGAGUCACAACCGGCUGCAGGAUUCAGGAGAGAAGCUGCUGUCUGCUGGACUGGAGAGUCCACACUAUCACCUGGAGACUUUCAGGUUAUCUGGCUGUAAUCUGUCAGAGAGAAGCUGUGAAGUUCUGUCUUCAGUUCUCAGCUCUCAGUCCUCCAGUCUGACAGAACUGGACCUGAGUCAGAACUGGCUGCAGGAUUCAGGAGUGAAGCUGCUGUCUGCUGGACUGGAGAGUCCACACUAUCACCUGGAGACUCUCAGGCUGAGUUUGUGUGAUCUGACAGACAGAAGCUGUGAAGUUCUGAGCUCAGUUCUCAGCUGUCAGUCCUCCAGUCUGAGAGAACUGGACCUGAGUAACAAUGAUCUGCAGGAUUCAGGAGUGAAGCUGCUGUCUGCUGGACUGGAGAGUCCACACUGUCACCUGGAGACUCUCAGGCUGUCAGGCUGUCUGAUCACGCAUGAAGGCUGUGCUUCUCUGGCCUCAGCUCUGACCUUCAGCGCCUCCCAUCUCAGAGAGCUGGACCUGAGCUACAACCAUCCAGGAGACUCAGUCAAGCUGCUGGAUCCACUCCAGACUCUGGACUCUCUCAGGGUGGAUCUUGGUGGAGUCCGAUGGCUGAGACCAGGUCUGAGGAAGUAUUUCUCUGAACUCUCUCUGGAUCCAAACUCAGCAAACAGAAAACUCAAACUGUCCAAAAACAACACAAAGGUGGAAUAUGUGGAUGAGGUUCAAUCAUAUCCUCAUCAUCCAGACAGAUUUGACCUUUGGCCUCAGGUCCUGUCUUCAACUGGUCUGACUGGUCGCUGUUACUGGGAGGUCGAGUGGAGACAACGCGUUGAAAUAUCAGUGACUUACAGAAGAAUCAGAAGGAAAGGAGACAGUGUGGACUGUGAGUUUGGAGCUAAUGUUCAGUCCUGGACUCUAAUCUGCUCUGAUGAUCGUUACUCUGUCCUUCACAAUAACAGAGUAACGUUUCUUCCUCGCUCCCCUUCAUCCUCUCACAGAGUCUCAGUGUUUGUGGACUGUCCUGCUGGCACUCUGUCCUUCUAUGAAGUCUCCUCUGACUCUCUGAUACACAUCUACACCUUCUGCUGCACAUUAACUGAACCUCUGUGUGCUGGGUUCUGGUCUGGUUCUGGUUCCUCAGUGUCUCUGUGUGGACUGUAGGACGGAGAGUCUCCUCCUGUGGACAGAAACACUCGAUCAUGAAUGUUUGGACAGUAAAUGUCCAGCUGGUUUGUCUUUGAUGUCUCAGUGGUUGUAAACUAACAUGAUUUUUGGCGCCCCCUUCUGGGUGACGUAUGAUCCAGAGUCUGGAUUCCAGACACUGGUGUGUUUUUGGUUCUGUGUCAGCGACAUUGUGCCUUUAAAACGUACAACUAGCCUGUGCAGUGUUACAGCACAGUCCAGACCGACAUCUGGACAUCGGCAGAGCCCACACGGUGCCAAAACCCAGCUUGCUGGACUUGGACUUCUUCAAACAACUGAACUGAGUUAAUUCCAGUCAACAAGAGACGGCAGCUCUGGAUACACGUGAGCGACGGAGCUAUUCACGGAACGUCUGAAGACGAGGAGAGAGAAGAGAGGUGAGCUA